AUGGGGGACGGUGGCGCGUCCUCGCAGGUGAAUUUCCAGAAUGGCUCCGGCGGCGAGGCGUCGGACGCACCGGACUCCGCGACAGCCGUGUCCGAGCAGUGGAUGGCGGGGAUGAGCGUGCUGAUGGGUCUGAUCGUCGUGUCCAUUGUGUUCGGCAAUAUCCUGGUCAUCGUGGCCAUAGCCAAAACGCAGAGGCUGCAGACGCUCACCAAUGUGUUCAUCGUGUCUCUGGCGGGCGCGGACCUCAUCAUGGGGCUACUGGUGGUGCCGUUUGGCGCCGCGCUCGAGGUGCGUGGCUCGUGGCUGUACGGCAGCUUUUUCUGCGAGUUCUGGAUCUCCGUGGACGUUCUUUGCGUCACCGCCAGCAUCGAGACCCUGUGCGUUAUCGCCAUAGACCGGUACGUGGCCAUCACCUCCCCGUUCCGCUACCAAAGCUUGUUGACCAAAGCUCGGGCCAAAACGGUGGUGUGCGUAGUCUGGGCCAUCUCGGCACUGGUCUCCUUCCUCCCCAUCCUGAUGCACUGGUCCCGGGACAGUGUGGACACAGACUGCUACAAUGAGCCGGAAUGUUGCGACUUCGUCACCAACAGGGCAUAUGCCAUCUCCUCAUCCAUCAUAUCGUUUUACAUUCCUCUGCUGGUUAUGAUAUUCGUUUACGCCCGCGUGUACAGAGAGGCGAAGAAGCAGCUGAAGAAGAUCGACAAGUGCGAGGGCAGGUUUCACAACACCUUAACCGGACUGACCUCUAAGUUCAAGAAGAGGCCGUCUAAGAUCCUGGCGCUCAGGGAGCAGAAGGCGCUCAAAACGCUGGGGAUCAUCAUGGGGACGUUCACCCUGUGCUGGCUGCCCUUCUUCAUCGUCAACGUGGUGCGCGUGUUUCGCGCAGAGGUGGUGGACAAGGACCUCUUCGUGUUCCUAAACUGGCUGGGGUACGCGAACUCCGCGUUCAACCCCAUUAUUUACUGCCGGAGCCCGGACUUCAGGAAGGCUUUCAAGAGGCUGCUGUGCUGCCCGAGGCAAGCCGACCGCAGGCUGCACAUCAGCUCCUGCGACCUGUCCCGCUACUCCGGCGGGUUCGUCUCCGCUCUGGAGCCCGGCACAUUGGGGCUGUGGUCGGACUGCGCCGUCUUGGACAACAUUGACAGCAGCCUGGUUGGGGCCGCAAAGCUGUCGCACUCUGAAUCGCAGUUGUGA